GCAAAUUUUUUGGGAAACAUUUGAGAGUCUGUUAAAUUGUUAAAUUGUUGCUUUCUUUCUAUUAAAUUCACACAAAGUGCGCUUGCGGCAGCUGUUUAAUCAUAUCGAUUUUCGCAUACAUUUCGCGAUUCGGGUGUAUUGUAGGCUAUGCAGUUGGUUGGUUAUCUGGAUAGCUCGCAUACUGGCACUUCAUCGAGUCCACCCAGCUGGGAGUGCACCAAGUCUAUCAGUCUGCAGCAGUGCAGUCAAAUUCAGGAGCGACUGCAAAAUGAUCUUCUAGCCUGCGAUGCUCGACUCUCGCUCUUUGUGGCAGCUGCGAAUAGUUAUCGUUAUGAGUCGCUUUUGCGCCCCUUUCCCAAGGAGUUUCUGGACGACGAUCAACGUCCCGAUAUUGCUGCAAUCCUUGAUGUUGUGGCGGAUAUGGAACGCCUUGACACAAUAUUACGGCGACUGGUUAAGGGCAAAAGUGGCUGCCUUAAAGUCAACGAGCUGCAUCUGCUGCAUGCCGUGCUGGUGAGGCACGGGGAGCGUGUGGCAAUCAGAACUCUGAGCGAAUGCGAAUUUGAUGAUUUGUUUCGGCUUAUACAAUUGGUGGCGCCACAAAUGUUGCCCACGCACAUCUUUGGGGUGACGCCCAGUAUGAAAUGUGGGCAUACCAAACACUACGUCAAUCUGCGCAAACAGUAUCCCAUUGGGAUUGGUUACUACGGCGGCAAGCUGGAGCAUCUGUAUGCGAUGCUGACCAUGGGUAGUCUGCCCCUGGAUGAGCCUCUCGAGCUGUACUGCGAUGUGGAGGAGACCUUGAAGAUGUGCCGACUUAGUACUGGUUGGGGUGGCUCUCGAUGUGGUGCGAUCUUGGGCUGUGUGGCGGUGGUGGAGUAUGUGGUGUUGCCCAAACUUGUCUCGACGGAUGAGAAUCGUGGUCUUGUGAUCAUCAAUGAUGCCACCUGCAUGCAAGUCUGCUAUCUAAUGUUCUUCGGCCAGAGUUUUCAGCAGUACGAGCAUGCAUUGAUUUCGCAGCCAAGUUUGUCAAUCAAUUGGAAUGAGACCUGCAAAUGGAUGGAGGACAAUAGAUAUACCCUGUCGCUGGGCAUUUACAUGAUGAUCCUAUCUCUGUCGGCGUCCAGCGGACGGGGCAUCUUCCACAGAUUUGCAGAGAUUGGACUCUAUGUGCUUAGGAGAGGAUUUCUCAAGAUUUGAAAACCUGUCUUCUCAACUGCGUUGUUGGCUUAUAUGAGCAUUCUGUUGCCCAUCUUGGUUGUGGCAAAGGACUGCUCAUAUAGGCCAAAAAAGCAGGUUCUUCGUGAAAUUUUACUCAAUGAAAGAAUUAGCUUUAACUUUAAAACAAUAAGCCAGGCAAGGCAACGAGCAAGUGUAAGUAAAUGUUGGCAUGAGUCGCACGCAACUGGCCAUAAAUAACAACAAUUUAGCAUUACAAGUGACGCAGUAAAAAUUUAUAUGCUCUCGCACAUUUUCAAUUUUC